AUGUCCACCCAAUCACAGAACAUCUAUGACAACCCCAACUUCUUCACUGCGUACAGCACGCUCCCCCGCUCACAACACGGGCUCAGCGGGGCUCCGGAAUGGCCCGUUCUGCGUGAUAUGGUUCUGAACAGCAACACCAACAACCGUGACACAACGAACGGACUACAAAACUGCAAAGUCCUCGAUCUGGGUUGCGGAUACGGCUGGUUUAGCCGCUGGGCGCGGGAUAGCGCGAGCGCCGAAUUCGUGACUGGGAUCGAUGUAUCAGAGCGGAUGAUUGAGCGGGCGAAGAAAUUCGACGACGAUGGUGGUUAUGACAGUGCUCCGAAAUCCAAGGACGUGAUAUCCUAUCAGCGCCAUGAUCUGGAGACUCUCACCCUCGACCAAAGCGAUACCGAUACAUACCAUCUCGUGUAUAGCUCACUGACAUUCCACUACAUAUCAGAUCUGGGGAGAGACAUUCCUGCUGUUGCCGCUGUGAAGGAGAAAGGAGAGGAGGAGGGGGAACAGCAAGAGAAAGAGAAAGGCACUGCAUAUCCAGUGUGGCCACUAAAUUCCUACUGCGAGGAAGGACUGCGCGAGACGAGCUGGCUGGGUUCUGAGGGAGUGAGAAAGUAUCAUCGCACGAUUGAAACGUAUGUGACGCUGCUGCUGGAGAGUGGGUUUGUGGUUACGGGACUGAAGGAGUGGGCGCCGGCGAAGGAGGACGUGGCGUUGAGGCCGGAGUGGGCAAAGGAGAGGCAUCGGCCGUACUUCUUGCUUGUUUCUGCGGAGCCUAGAUGA